CACAAAUAUUUUUCCUUGCCUUUUGGAUUUCUUUAGUACAAUUUUGUUAGCUAACAAGAACCAAUAUACGCGCUGGAUUAUAAUUAUUUGAUAAGGAUUAACUAUAUGUUUGGUGUACUAUGAGCCCAUCAAACGUCUUCAAGACGGAAGAACAUGAAAACCCGGCAAAAUGGCAAGUCACGUUCGAACCUAUGCUGUUCUCGUACCUUGUGUCCAGCAUACUAACCAUAUUGACCAAUCAGAACCUGUUCAUUCAGAAAGCCUGUAGGGUAGAUCUCCAAACUGACGCAGACAAGUGUGCCGAACUUGACUACAGGGGAGGACGCUCGGACAGCGAGAUAGACGCGCAACUACUUGUCACAUACAUGCUUAUAUGGCAGACGGUGUUGCAAAACGUCACGACUAGCAUCUUGGCGGUAUUCCUAGGUUCGUGGAGCGACAGAUAUCAUAGGCGCAAGUUCGUUUUGCUGUUGCCUAUUGUCGGUGAACUUGUCCGCAACUUGUGUCUAAUGGUUUGCGUUUACUUUUUCGACGAACUACCCCUGAGCGUAGCCGGUCUUGCUCAGACACUACCGGUGGCGUUGACGGGCGGAUGGAUCGUUCUGUUCAUGGCCGUUUUCAGUUACAUCGGUGACACCAGCGAGGGUAAAAUGAGAGCAAUCCGAGUGGGCAUCGUGAACGGCACAGUAAUUUUAUGCUUUCCACUGGGUACAGCUCUGUCGGGUAUUCUUUACGCGAAUUUUGGUUUUUACGGCGUGUACGGCAUCUCUUCGGCACUGUUUUUAUUCUCCAUCGCAUGGACAGGAUUAUACAUUCACGAAGACAAUUUUAACGUGCUGUUGGAUCGCCGACCAUGGUCCGUAUCAAUUGCCGAUUUCUUCGAUGUAAAACACUUCAGAAAAGCCGUUCAGACGACGUUCUGGAACGAAGAUUCGACCCGAAGGUUCAGUCUGAUCGCGUUGUCCUCUGUCAUCAUAAUAAUUAAAGGACCAAUGAUCGGAGAAAGAAGUAUCAUGUAUUUAUACACACGUUAUAAAUUUAAUUGGAAUGAAGUGGAUUACAGCAUAUUUUCUACGUACUCUAUGAUUGUCAAUCUCGUAGGCACAGGUCUUGCCGUCUACUUGCUGAUAAACAAACUGGGUAUAGACGAGUGUUUGGUCGGAGCAAUAGCUUUAGUGGGCAAAAUAUUUUCCGAAAUACUGUAUGCCUUCGCGAAAAACGAUUUCGAGUUUUACGUGGCGCCUCUUGCCAACCUUAUAUACAACACUGCUAUCGUUGCAAUGAAAUCGACCGUCACCCGAAUAGUGCCGUCAGAAGAACUAGGUCAAGUUUCUGCCGUAACGAGCAUUGGUGAAAACUUGGUGCCAAUAGCGUACAACCCAUUAUAUAGUUUAGUGUACGUCAUGUCACUAAACGUCUUCUCGGGUACUAUUUUCCUACUCGGAGCAGUACUAACGGCUCCUGGAAUUUUCAUUUAUCUAUGGUUAUACAAACACAAUUGCAAUACGUACGAGAGUAUAGGAGAGCACAAAAAGAAUGAGUUGAAAAAAGAAUACGGAUCAAUGAACUAGGCAACGAUUAAUUAUUUUCUUUAAAGACAAUCCACUAAUGUUCCUAUAUUUCAUGUUGUGUAUAAUUAUUAUGACUGGCCUGCAGACAUACAGAAUUGAUAAUAAUGUACAAUAUAUAUUAUACAUUUAUAAAAUUUA